AUGCCCCGAUCGGUGAGGUUGUUCUCAUCGAUAUCAUGUAGACUCUAUACCGGGGCGGGCUCCGCGUCUAACUUGAAUAACCUUAGUUUUCCAGUCUUCCAGAAUGUUCCUGCAAUAUGUGCAUUCAGGAAGCAGCUUCUCUUUUCGAAUAAGACUCUUGGGCUGGUGCCUACAAUGGGCGCAUUGCAUGAGGGGCAUCUUUCGCUUAUCCGACAAGCUGCGAGGGAGAACACGGAUGUUUUUGUUAGUGUCUUUGUGAACCCCACACAGUUUGGAGUGAAUGAAGACCUCGAAAGCUACCCGCGCACUUGGGAUGAAGACAUGCGCAAGCUAGAAGAAUUGAAUCGCGAAUUUUCAGCAAGACCUUCUGGGCGUAUCAGUGCGAUUUUUGCGCCCACCACCCGGGUCAUGUACCCCACCCUGCCGCCCUCAUCAGAGAUCGAUGGCGAUGGCUCAUUCGUGACGAUCACGCCUCUCGCCAGGCAGUUGGAAGGCGCGUCUCGACCAGUAUUCUUCCGUGGGGUAGCAACAGUUUGUAUGAAAUUAUUCAACAUCAUGACCCCGCAACGAGUCUAUUUUGGCCAAAAAGAUGUGCAACAAACAGUGAUAAUCCGAAGGAUGGUCAAGGAUUUUCAUUUGCAAACAGAGGUUAAAAUUGGCGCUACUAUACGUGAGUCUGAUGGACUUGCAAUGAGCUCUCGUAAUGUUUAUUUAGGUGCUCGGCGACGGAAGGUUGGCCUUGUUCUUUGGACGGCCUUGAAGAAGGCUGAGCAUGCUUAUCUCUCCGGCAUGUGUAGCAGGAACGAUAUCCUUGAGGCUGCAUACAGAACUGCAAAAGUCGUUUCUGAGGAACAAGCGAACCUGCCACCUCGCCAACGCGCAAGAUUUGACAUAGAUUACAUUUCCCUUGCAGAUAAUGAAUCUCUUCAAGAAUUACACACCGUUGAUGGUUCAAGAGGAGCAGUCUUGAGCGGUGCAAUUAAGAUGUAUCCCCUUGAAGAGCCUCAGCCUGGUGAAGAUUGCGGACAAGGCGGAGGUGCUGUUCAAGUGAGAUUAAUUGACAAUAUUCUCCUUCCACCAAGGACAUGA